UGUAUUCAUUGUGUAUUUCAUUUCAUACAAGACUACAGUUGCAUUGAACUGAAUGGUAACAUAACUACGCUUUAUAUGAGUCUCCCAUUGGUUUGAGUCGCGAAUGCGAUCCCAUUAGCAGCUGAUGAACACUACAACUCACACCACAAUCGCCACCAAAACGACUGCAUAUUAAACGCGACAAUUAGUGGCCAAUCACUGCACUGACGGCCACUCACACACGACAGUCACUGUCCUAUUGAACGCCAAUCACAGCCUAUAUAUUGUUAUGGAUUUUGGUUGCAAUACAUUGUAAACAAAAAGUCUGUUAUUAUUGUUGUUGUGUUGUGUUGUCACCCAAACUGGACACACAUUAACCACUGAUGAGUGAGUGUCUGUGCCAUGAGAUGAGAUAGUGAUCGUCGUGACCACCCAUUUGAGUACAACUCGUGAGUUGAUGCGAUCGCUUGACAGCAAUGGCCAUGAAUUUCGGUGCGGAAGCCAGUGAUGAGACCAAUCACUCGGUGUUCGUUAACUUCAAUCAGGACUCGUCGUCGCUCGCCAUCGGCACCAGAACUGGUUAUAAGUUAUACGCCUUGAGUUCAACCGAUAAACUAGAUUUGCUUCACGAGGACGGUUCCGAAGACAUCCGGAUCGUUGAGCGCCUGUUCUCGUCGAGUCUGUUGGCGAUCGUGAGUCUGUCGUCGCCGCGGAAGCUAAAGGUGUGUCACUUCAAGAAGAAGACGGAGAUCUGCAACAACUCGUACGCCAACACAAUACUGGCCGUCAAACUGAACCGCCAGCGGCUCAUCGUAUGCCUCGAGGAAAGCAUUUACAUCCACAACAUCCGCGACAUGAAGCUGUUGCACACCAUCAAAGACAUGCCGUCCAAUCCGAACGGGUUGUGCGCCCUAUCGCCCAAUUCGGACAACUGUCUGUUCGCAUACCCGGCCGCCAACACCAGCGGCGAAGUCAAUGUGUUCGACGCGCAGAACCUGCAGAACAAAGUGCUGAUCACAGCCCACGACAACCCGUUGGCCGCCAUCGCCUUCGACUCGAACGGCACUAAAAUAGCGACCGCUUCCGAGAAGGUUGGAACUGUCAUCCGGGUGUUCAACGUAUUGGACGGACAAAGCUUAUAUGAGUUCCGGCGCGGAUACGCGCGCUGUGUAACCAUAUAUUCACUGUCUUUUAGUAGCGACUCGUUGUUCUUAUGUGCCUCAAGUAAUACAGAAACGGUUCACAUCUUCAAGUUGGAGGACUUGAACGAAGUUAAACCAUCCGAAGAGCCGCAGGGACUGUUGGGAUACAUGAAGGCCGUCGGCACCAAAGUGUUGACCCAAUCGGCCAGUUAUUGGACACCGAUGGCCGACAUCAUGAAUCAGUGGCGUUCGUUCGCCACCGCGAGACUCCCGAUGUCGGGCUCGCGGAAUGUGUGCGCAGUGGCCAACAUCCAGAGGGUGCCCCGGGUGCUGAUCGCGUCGGCCGACGGGUACCUCUAUAUCUAUGAUCUUAACACAAACGAAGGCGGAGACUGCACUCUAAUUAAACAGCACCGACUGGACGAGACGCUAGGAAACGCCGACCCUUCCGCCACUGCUAACAUUCAGGGGAGCGUCAGUUACGCAGCUGUUGUCCGCGGCUUUGAGCCCAACACCACUACAGUCUCUUCUACCACUGCCUCCUCUGCUGCUGCCCUCCAACCCGUGUCUGCCGGUGCAGUCGCAGAGACGCCGCCGCGGACUGAGUCGGGAGGUGACGACUACGACGGCGACUUCCCACCCAUGACCUACUCGCCCGGAUUUUGAACACACCCUCCUUGGAAACCCCCCUUAGCUGAUGACAAACAACUCGAACUUUAAUUAAUCAUAUGAUUCACAUUUUUUGGUUAUUUACUGAUUCAAUCAGUUAUAUAAAAAUGUAUAAUAAUUUACAGUUUAUUUACUAUUUAUGAGGACAGUUGUCCCCCAUUUUUUUGAUAAAUGUAUUAUAAAACGGAUGUUUUGCUGUAAAUAUUUAUAUCAAUUUCAAACG